GAACAAGAGCAACAAGUCUCAUUCAACUUCACAAAAUCAAUACCUAAAGAUUCCCAAAAACCAAAGCAAGCCUUUGAUUACUUUUGUUAAUCAAUUGCUCAUUUUCUCUUAAUCCACCUCCAAGAACUCAUGGGAUAUUCCGACAAAUCUUACAACCAACUCGAAGGCGAGAUACGUGAAGCCACCGACGGUAAAAAAUGGGUUAUCGCCGGUCUUCCUCCACGUUCGCCGCUCAAGCCUAUUAACUCCUCCUCCGACGUCAUAUUCACCGAAACAGAGGAUCAAGAUCAGUGUCCGACAACACCCACAGCGGUUUCUGUCAGAAUUCCAAGAGUCCCGCCGUGCCCAGCCGCACCAAAGAAGCGGAAGCCGUCGUCCAAGUGCAGCUACGUUGCCACCGGUAGAGAGUUCUUCUGUCCACCAGACCUCGAAACCGUUUUCAUUCAGAGAGCUGCUAGUUAACUCUGGUUUUUCACAACUUCUCUUUCUAACCUUCUUUAGGGUUGUAAUAUUCUUCUCGAUUCUGGUUAAGUUUUAGAUUCUGAACCUACUCUUAUGCUCUUAUGUGUGUUUUCAGUUCUAGACUUCUAGUAAUGUUAGGACACUAAUUAAGGUUGCUGAAUAGAAAGUCUUUCGUGUUUAUGUACAAUUAUCCCCCCUUUUCUAGUAGAAUUAAUAAAUAUACGACAUCUCGUUUGUA